AUGGCGCCGAUCUUCGAGUAUUUCAUAGUGUGUGGAAUUGGACCUGAGAUUCGAACAUUAGAUGAGAAUAAAGGAUUUUAUGGCACCAAUUACAGAUAUUUGCCUUCGCUUCUUGAUCAGUAUCCUCCUCUCAAUCAUACCCUUUAUCCUCCUCCUCCUCCCCAGCUUCCCAUGUGUGUUUUGCCUGCUGGAGUGGAGUUCUAUGCUUCAGGACUUGAUGGCAAUGAUCCCUCAACGUAUCCUCGCACUUAUCCUAUUGUCUUAACUGAGGGUGAUGGCUCCAAAAUUUAUGUCACUUGUAUUGCUUUUCGGGACCUAGUUGAUGAAGAUAUUGUUCAAGCACAUCGUAUCCCCGUGAAUUCAUUUGCAGACAAGUGCAUCUGUCUUGUUUCACGUUUGCCAAGUUUUCAUGUACUUCGUACCGCUCUGGAGGAGAUCUUUGCUCUUUGUUUUUCACCAAAAGGAAGCCGCAAGCCGUUGUGGGAUAUUAUUGCCUGUAUGGUGUCCAAUGUACCUUUGCCUACGCCUGGGAAAGAUCGGGUGUUGUUUGCUAUUGAGAAUUGCCUAUUGUCUGUUGAGGCUCCACCAAAAGAUGGUUUACCUCAUGCUGAUGUAUCCUUUCAGCCAUUGGUACAGUGUUUGGAUGUCGACAACUUGCUCAAACUCUUCACAGCUGUAUUGCUUGAAAGAAGAAUCUUACUUCGGUCAAACAAGUAUUCACUUUUGACUCUUGUUUCCGAGGCAAUUUGUCAUCUCAUCUACCCAUUUCGAUGGCAGCAUGUCUACAUUCCAUUACUAUUUUUCAGCGGAGUGGAUUAUAUUGAUGCUCCAACACCAUACAUGAUGGGUCUUCAUUCUGGAGUUGAUACCACUGGCCUUUCAAUGGAUGGUGUAGUAAUUGUGGACCUUGAGUCUAACCGUAUCAUUACUUCAGAGGAAAUACCUCCUAUACCAGAGCCAGAAUUAAGCUCUUUACGUGGUGAGAUAUUGAAAUUACUAUAUCCUAAUGUGGUGGAUAUAGAUCUGAUAAAGGUUGGCAUUGGCGAAUCACGUGAGCUUUAUCAUAGGGUUGCUAACAAACCAUGGUCAGAUGAGCAUAAUAUUCAACUAAGGAUGAUAUUUCUGAAGUUCUUUGCAUCAAUUUUAUCUGGUUACCGGAAUUUUAUUGAAAAUUCUGCAACCAAUGUCUUCAAUACCCAAGCAUUCUUGAAGAAGCGCUCUCGAUUGACUAAUCAACCCCUAGAUCCCAUGAUUGUACAAUUUUUCGAGACACAAGGUUUUUUGGACUUCCUUGAAAGAGGCAUAGGCUUUAAUAACAAUCUUCUUCACAAGUUGCAAGAUGCCAUUGGGAGAGGACAGGAUCCUAUGUCAAUAUUGCCAUCACCUGUGUCAGAACCUGAAAUUAUUACAAUAUCUGAUCUUGAUGGCAGUGUACCUGCUAGUGGUUCUCCCUAUGUGUAUGACCGAUUCCCCUCAAAUAUUAGAGCAGAAGAGCAGGAGGAAAAGAGGAAGCAGAUUCUUGCUGCAGUUGGUGGAUCACUUGAUACUGAUGCUAAACAUAAUCUUGAUCAUGCUGAAAGUCUCAGUCCAAGGGAGAGAGCUGCUGAGCGGGAGCGCAUGGUCUUGGACAUUAAAGUGAAGUUGCAGGGGCUGUGGCUACGUCUUCUGAAGUUAGGGGCCACUGAUGAUCCUUUGUCCUCGUUCGAAUAUGGAACUAUUGUUGCUCUCAUUGAAUCUGAUGCAGAUGGUAUUGGUGGAAGCGGGUUUGUUGAAUGUAUAAGGGAACACAUACAUACUGGGUGGAGCUGUCAAUUGACUGAAGAGCAAUUUAUUGCUGUCAAAGAACUGCUGAAAACUGCAAUUACUCUUGCAACUUCUCGCAAUGACAUGCUGACAGUUAGAGAUGCACUGGAAGUGUCUGCUGAAAUCUAUAAGAAGGAUGCCAAUAAUGUUUCUGAUUGUGUUCAACGUCAUCUGAUUUCACUGUCAAUUUGGGAAGAACUUCGGUUUUGGGAAGGAUAUUUUGAGUAUCUGAUGGAUCAAGCUUCCAACAAGUCAUCCAAUUACGCCACUGUGGUUUUGACACAGCUUAUUGUAGUAGCUUCACAUAUGGCUGGACUGGGACUACCCGAUACUGAUGCUUGGAACAUUAUUGAGACCAUAGCAGAGAAAAACAACAAUGGGUUUAAGCAAUUUAUUCAAUUAAGAGGGUUUCUGUCACAUAUCCACCAACUUCGCUUUGCUUACUGGGGAAUAGCUGCUACAAAAGUACAAUCAUUGUCCGCUUAUGGAGUUCAAUCUCCACGUCCACAAGAUGCUGCACAUGACAAUCAACAGUUUGUUGAGGCGUCUAGUGUUGGGAGGAGCUGGGUACAAAGCAUGUUUAGCAGAGAUACAUCAUUAAGGGCACAUUCUUUUACUCGUGUACGUACUGGAGUAUCAGAUGCAAAUGAGGGUAAAUUGGAUCCGGCAAAUGCUGCGGGUCAAAAGAAGCCUCAAACAAAUGUGCGUGUACUUAGGGGCCAUAAUGGUGCAAUCACUGCUUUGCAUUGUGUCACAAGAAAGGAGGUGUGGGAUCUUGUUGGUGACCGUGAGGAUGCAGGCUUCUUUAUUAGUGGAAGCACUGAUUGCCUGGUUAAGAUAUGGGAUCCAAGUCUUCGUGGUUCUGAGCUUCGGGCCACUUUGCAAGGCCAUACCGGAGCUGUGCGUGCUAUAAGCUCCGACCGAGGAAAGAUAGUAUCAGGAUCAGACGAUCAAUCUCUCUUGGUAUGGGAUAAGCAAACACACCAAGUUCUAGAAGAGCUCAAAGGACAUACUGCACCGAUCAGCACUGUGCGCAUGCUUUCAGGAGAGCGUGUCCUUACUUCUUCUCUUGAUGGAACACUUAAGAUGUGGGAUGUGAGAACUGAUACUUGUGUGGCAACCGUUGGGCGAUGCUCCAGUGCAGUUCUCUGUAUGGAUUAUGAUGAUUCUACUGGGGUUUUGGCUGCUGCAGGUAGAGAUUCAGUUGCGUACUUAUGGGACAUACGUGCUGGUAGACAGAUGCAUAAGCUCUUGGGGCACACAAAAUGGAUCAGAUCAAUCAGAAUGGUGGGAGAUACUCUGAUUACUGGUAGUGAUGAUUGGACAGCUAGGAUGUGGUCAGUUUCUCGAGGCACAUGUGAUGCUGUCUUGGCUUGUCAUGCAGGUCCUGUCCAGUGUGUUGAGUAUUCACCGUUGGAGAAAGGAAUUAUUAGUGGCUCAACAGAUGGGAUGCUUCGAUUUUGGGAAAAUGCUGAUGGGGGUAUAAGAUGUGUGAAGAAUGUCACCGUACAUUCUGCUCCUAUAUUAUCCAUCAAUGCUGGUGAACACUGGCUGGGGAUCGGUGCGGCAGAUAACUCUAUGUCUCUUUUUAAUCGCCCUCAAGAAAGACUUGGUGGCUUCUCUAGCUCUGGCUCUAAAGUAUCCGGAUGGCAGCUUUACCGAACACCUCAAAAGUCUGCUGCUGUUGUAAGAUGUGUGGCUUCCGAUCUAGAAAGGAAAAGAAUAUGUAGUGGUGGCCGUAAUGGAUUUCUUCGAUUGUGGGAUGUUACUAUAAACAUCUGAGCUUCUACUUGUUAUGCUUGGCAAGUUAUCUGUCAGUUUUACAUGAACACAUUAUGGUUAUUGUAAAUCCCUUUUGUUGUACACUGGCUUUCAUAGAAAAACCCAAAUUUGGGUGACUUAGCAAAAGAAUGUAUAAUGACUGAAGUAAAAGAUUUUAAUACAGUGAUAAUUAAAACUUUCCUAAUAUGUCUUUAUAUAGACUGA